UUAUAUAUUAAUUCUCUAAUUAUGGCGAUUGAACAAAAGAGUCUUAUAUUUGAUGUGGAAAUCCACGAUGCUCAGUUUAAUCACAUGGGGCGUUACUUCAUCAAGCUGUCUGUUCAGAGUCUGCACACAAAAGAUUACUCGAAGAUACAGGUGAAGAAGCCCCCAAAUGUCGACUACUUGACAGAUAACGAAGCACUUACUGAUGUUGUGCGGCAGACGGCCGAUGUGGAGUUGUGCACUUUUAGUGACAGGAAAUUCGCUUUUAAACUGCCAAAAGGUUUCUGCAAGAAUGACAAGAACCAUGAUGUCUAUCUGCUGCUGGAAGUUUACUCUCUACCCGACAACGACCAUGACAUGGGCAAGAAGGUCGGCGAGGGAAAGUUCGCCAUCUACCCUCGGACUAACGCCCCGCGAAUUAAUCUCCGAGUCGAGCCCGGCGACGACAUGUACCGAUACACGGACGUUGUGACGAUGCUGCGGACCCAGUCAUCAGACAACAUCCAGAUGCACUGUGGACGACUCAGGUGUACGUUUGCUUUACGCGAAACUAUCGUUAUACCACCGAGGAGGAGUAUCACAACUCCAGAACCAAAACCGAAACCUAAACCAGUUCCUGUCAGGAAGCCCAAACCAAAACCGGAUCCCGAUCCUCCGGUGAGAAGGAAACCGGUUCAAAGAACACCGCCGCCACGGAAACCAUCUGUCACGUCGUGGGGCGAUACUCGGUCACUGAAGAUUGAUCUGCCGCCGUCACCUCCUCCACCUCCUCUUACUGAUGGCAGAGGGAUGGUUGAGUCUCCAUUGCCAGAAAAUGACCAUUCAACAUUCAGCUCAGGUCCACAUUGGCGCCAUGUAGCCAAUCAGGGCAAGGAACAGAUUGAGGUCAUCUUACACGGCGCCACAAGUAUCCCAUCAACUCCGAAUGGCAGGGUGGCAUUACCAUACGUAUCAAUAAAGACGAAGUCUGAGGAUGCAAAGAAAGUUAAAGUUGAGUCUCGCACACACUGUACGAUCCACCCAACACACGCACCCGCCUGGGAAGAGAUGAUCACCAUGGAACUGGAUGAAAAGAAAGCUCCAGAUGAGACCAUGGUUCUGUCUGUUGGUGAUGGGGCAACUAAAGAGUCUCUGGUCACAUACCACGUUCCCAUUGGUCAUCUUCAGCCCUUCCAUCAGUAUCACUUGGAAAUGGUAGCUCCGUCUGACAACACAACCAGUGGAGUGAGAAUGUAUGCUUCAAUCAUGCGUAAAAAGAGUCGUUUACCAAAAGAGAAGUCUUCGCCCAACUAUCUAGCAUUGGAGGUUUACUUAAGACAGGUUCAAAGAGAUCUACUUAACUCUCCAGGUCCACUUGUGGCAGUUGCACGGAUUGUACCGGACUACUACAACUAUAAAACAGACAAUUUGUUAUCUCAUCCAAGGACAGCUGGAGUUGGAAUCACAAGUGUGACAUUUCCAAAUCCUCGCCCAUCCUCAUUCAAUGUCCCUGAUCGCUCCAUGCAGGGAUAUCCACAGAUAACUCUGCCAGGCCAUCCCGAGAAUCUGCCGACAUGGUACCACCCGUUCCUGUUCUCAGAGAACAAGGACAAGGCGACCAUGUUCACGCCAUCCGCAGCCCUUGUUAUUGAGUACUACGUGGCCAACCAAGCAAUGACUGACCAGUUUUGGAAGGUGCAAAGUCCAAUUGGUUUCUCUUCCCUACUGCUGGACGAACGUAUGUACUCACAGCUGACCAGUGAAAAUGCAACGAGGGGACUUCGAAUAGAAGGAUUACCUAUACAGGGAACCGAAAUGGUGACAGUUGAUGGUCGGACCCCAACAAUUGGCAUGGUUCUCAAACUAGUCACGACUGAUCAACCAGACUCAUUGGUGACUAUGAAGAAUUUCGAUGAUCUGCCCUUGAUAGACCUAAACCCAGUGCAGACCGCUCCAACGAACAAUUCAUGCAAGUCAGUUGAGAUACUCCGACUAGAAUCACCGGAACCAGAAUCUGUGAUUGAUUACACCCCUAGAGGGCGCUACGUUCUUCAGAGAGUACCCAAGAGACCACUGGAUCCCAUACGAGAUGGUGAGUUACCUCCCUUUGAUGCCAUGGAAUCCAUUCUUCCUGAGUAUCAGUACAUCUUUAUGGACACAGAUCGAACAGACAAACCAAAAACAACCCAGAUUGAAAUUUCAGGAAGUCGGGCACCUGUGGUUCAUAGCACCAAGAACCAGACGACUACGUACCGCGUCCCAGACGACCUGGACGCCACAUCGUACGUGAUGAUCGACCGGCAGUCAAAGGACCUCGACAACUACCGGUCGGCCGUGCACCGCAUGGGGCAGGACAUCCUGGUUCUGCGGCAGACGGUGCGCAACCUCGAGACGAAGAACAGCCACAUGCGCACCGACAUGCACCAGUACAACAACACCACCCGGCUCAUCAUAGACUCGACCGAGGUCGAUGGGCUCGACAAACAAGAGCUAGCUUCCAGAUACGCUACUCUCAAACAGAAACUAACUCACCAGAUUUCUGACCUCAAGGCAUACAAAGACAAAGUCCAGAAACUACAAAAUGAACUAAUCAAGAAAAAUGAUAAAGAAAAGGAAUACCUGAAGAUGAAUCGUGCGCAUGCCUCACAACAGGAACUGCUGCUGCGGCUGCAGGAGAAGGCGCGGAAACUGGCCAAGCUGGAGGAGGCGUGUCGCAAACAGGAGCGCGUCAUUGAAAGGCUCGAGAAACUUGUGUACAAGCUGCGAGGACAGCAGCCUAAGAAUGAUAAUGUUGGACAAGAAAUAAAAGAUGCAUUGAUGGAAGAAAACAGAAGAUUGAGAUCAACAAUUGAAGAUCUGAACGACCAGCUGAAAAGAUCAGGUCGGGGGGGUGGAGAGGAUCUGGAGAAACUUGAACUGUACCAGGCUCUCGAAAGAGCUGAGGGUCGAAUCAUGUCAUUAGAAAAACAGUUGAUGGAAAAUGCCCGUACCUGGGGUAAAGAACGUGCUGACCUGUCAAUCAAAGUGAAUGAGGCGGAGCAUGGACUGGGUCGGUCAGCUGGCAUGGUUCUCCACGAUUUCCCAAUAAUGGAUGAACUGCGAUGUCACAGAGCUAGACUCGAUCCACUUCUUCUUAGAUGUUAGAAUGUUAGCUAGGAAUUCUGUACAUGAAAAACAUGUUUGUUUUAAAAGUCUCUGUGCUAUAAUCUGUCAUUCGUCUAAAGAUAUAGGUAAAAAUUAAGACCUAGUUUGCAUAUAGUAGAAAAUGCUAGAAACCCUUAUGUAUUUAUUUUAAUUUCAAUUCUAGGGGCAUUGUAUUAUUAUUUUCCAAAAUAAUUGGGGAGUUGGGAUGGAGGUGAGUACAAAAAUACUCUCAUGUACACAGGUAUAUUUAAAAACAGUCAGUUAGUGCUUGAACAUUUUCUGGGCAGUAAGUGAGUCUGUGGGAGCCUAAUGUUUUGUGGGUGGUAGGUUGGUGAUAUGGGGUUGGACUGUAGUUUACAAUUGUCCAGUGCUAGCAUAGUAUACAUGUACACUGUUUCAACAAAUAUAUUGGUCAACAUAUAUCCUUUCUUGUACGUGUGUGAGUGCGUGCAUGCAUUCAUGCAUGUGUGUGUGAAUGUGGUUAGCACAGUUCAUAUGUGGUACAAUAUUUGGUACAAACGAUAGUUUCAUAAAGUUGAAGCUUACUUCAGCCAUGCCCAUGAUUCAACGUUAAAAAUGGCAAAGACAGACUUUUUCAUGAUAGUCAUGUUGUAAAUGUUAAUGAUAUAACAUAUAUGGAGGCUAUUUCAUUGGGUUUUUUCGAAUACGAUUUUUAUGUCAACGAGUGA